AUGUGGGCGCAGUGUGUGUCCAACAAGCACCCGUUCGUGGACAGCAACCUUCUCUACCAGUUCAGAAUGAACUUCCGGCGGAGACGCAGACUGAUGGAGCUGCUCAAUGAAAAAUCACCCUCCUCUCAGGAAACUCAUGACAGUCCCUUCUGCCUGAGGAAGCAGAGCCAUGACAAUCGGAAAUCUACCAGUUUUAUGUCUGUCAGCCCCAGCAAGGAGAUCAAGAUCGUGUCCGCCGUGCGGAGGAGCAGCAUGAGCAGCUGUGGCAGCAGUGGGUACUUCAGCAGCAGCCCCACCCUCAGCAGCAGCCCCCCGGUGCUCUGCAACCCCAAGUCCGAUAAGGCGGGACUACAGUACUGUCAGGUUUUUAGGCAGCCAGCAAGUCAGGGAUUGGCUGCUGGCUUCGCCAUCUUGGUGGGCCACAGCAGCGAGCUGAUAAGAACCGAUGUCUUAGGACGACUCACCACUGCCUUCGGGAGAUUUUGA